GGAAGUAACACGGCUUCCCAGUGUUAUGUCCCACGCAGAUAAGCAGCGCGUUUACUAAAUUUAAAGCCGGAGGGGAAGGAAGCAUGACAGCAAGGUUUCCGCCACACCAAAAACUGUUGGGAUUGAAAAGCCUGUCUUGGGGGGAAAAAAAGCUCAGUUUCUGUACGUGUGUGAGUCCGUGUGGAGCUCAAAAACUAGCUAAUGGUGGGAAAAUGGCGCUAAAUGAAACAAAUGCAUUUUUGGAAAUAUUAAAAUCAUUUAAUGUUGGUGACAUGAUCCUCGCCUUCUGUUUAUCUAUUCUCGUGGGCCUGCUGCUGGGAGCUUUGAUCUACAUCCUGUUGACCUGGGCAUCAAGACGCCGGGCUACAGCCAGGAUCACAAGGCGCUCCAAAAAGAAGCCUGGCAGUUCGAGACGUGACCCCACGGGCAGCCAGUUUGGCCUUUACCGAAGCACAUUCCUGAGUGUUUACAGGCAGCCCUCUCUAGAGCCGGUGGGCCCCUUGGGGAGUAAACCCGGCGCAGAGACGUCCACCUUUCGGCCGCUGCCCAAAAAGAGCAGGCCCAGCCUGGACAUGGGAGACGAUACACGGGUAACCAUGUCAGAGGACACAGUGGCCAUGGACUCUUCUGAUUCAGCCUCCCUCGUGCCAAGCAAGAGGAAUUCCUUCUGGCUGGGCGGCAACGGGCUGAAAGGAUUCCUUCCCUCACACACUCCACCUCCUGCAUAUGACAGUGUAAUCCAUGCCUUCGAGGAGACUUGCACUUAAAGCCGUCGGUAUGACAACGAGAACUGAAUCUGCUUUUUUUGUUAAGCAUCUACAGACUGUUAAAACGGACUACAGUCGCAAUGCUUUUGCAAUAACUGCACAUUUAGUUUGAUUUUUCUUUUACGAAAAAGCGCUACAGUGGCUCUCGAAAGUCACCUCGGUUAAAAUGUCAGCUUUUAAUUAUGAAAAAAAAAUGAGACCCUGAUAAAUCAUUUAAAAACAUUUUUCAAUGUGAAAUGAGACAUUUAUUGUGUACAAUUCAAUAAAAAAAAAUAAAAUAAAAAAAACUGGUAGAAGAAAAAAAAUCCCAAAAGGUGCAAAAGCUAGGUUGCGUUAGUGUUCAUCACGUACUUUGUUGAACCUAUUUUUGAUUAAAUUUCAGCUUUUAGCCUCCACUGGGAAAUUUUAGCCUAACCAGGAAAAGGUAGAUUGUUGUCACAUGUUGAACAACGAGCAAGUGUUCCAACAGUGAAAAAUGUUCAUUUUCUUUUGUAUUAAACUCAAUACAAAAAAACAGGCGGUUUUUGCAAAUUCACUACAAUCCCAUAUUUUUUACCUAGUUAUUAAUGACUUUUGGUGCGUUCACACCAAACGCGUUUUGAGCGUCAGGCGCGCCUGGUUUUCGUUCAAAGUCUAUGUGCAGCGUUGGACGCGCUCUACGCAUCAAACGCUCAAAACGCUCCAAAAGGUUCAAAUCGGCCCUCGACGCGCCUCCACAUAGACUUUGAAUGACAACCAUGUGCCUGACGCUCAAAACGCGCUUGCUGUGAACGCACCACUAUUGUGGCUUUAUAGAAAAAAAAUGUGGGAAAACAACGUUACUGUUUUCCCUUAUAGAUAAGAGCUAAGGUCUUUAUCAGCUUAAUCAGAUUUACUAUAAAUAAUGGUAGUUAUACAUCAUUAAAAAAUUUAAUUAAAUGUGCUUGAAACAAAUCUGAUUUAUUUGCCUAUGAACAUUUUGAAACUUGUUUUGUUUAGUUUUUCUUUUUCUUGUCCCAGAUUUCUUGGUUUUUAGUUGAAUUGAGCAGAAUGAAUGACACGUUAUGUGAAAAGUUUAAUAGCUGACUUAUGUUAUAUUUAACAUCAUUUUUCACAUCACAACAUGUUAGAAUUUUAUUGUCUCCAAAUAACUGUUCUAAUUUUUACCUCUGCAAUCCUGAAAAACUCAAUUUCUUUUAUCGAACUAAAAAAAUAACACACUAACAUUUUGUGGAAGAAUUAAUGCACAAAAUAUUAACGAUGAU